GAAUCCCACCAAACGAAAACAAAAGAAAAAACACGAGAGAGAGAGAGGAAAGAAAAUGUCAGGAAGAGGGAAAGGAGGGAAGGGAUUGGGAAAGGGAGGAGCGAAGAGGCACAGGAAAGUGCUGAGAGACAACAUCCAAGGAAUUACGAAGCCUGCAAUCCGUCGUCUCGCUCGUCGUGGUGGGGUCAAGAGAAUCAGCGGUCUGAUCUACGAGGAGACGAGAGGUGUCCUCAAGAUCUUCCUUGAGAAUGUCAUCCGUGAUGCUGUCACCUACACCGAGCACGCUCGCCGGAAGACUGUUACUGCCAUGGAUGUCGUCUACGCCCUCAAGCGCCAGGGCAGGACCCUGUACGGCUUUGGUGGUUAGGGUUUCGAUUCUUCUUCUCUUUGGGGAAUUGUAGACAAUCUGUUGGGGUAUUUUAGUCUUUUUUGUGUUUGGAAAUAGGGCUUUUAGGGUUAGGGAUUUGGAUGUUGAUUUCAGAUGAUCAUGAUACGUGAAUGAAGAAAGUUUCAUUUUCGAUGAA